AUGUCCUUUACAAACGUCGAAGCUCCGGCAACUAUUGAGCCCCAAGGCAUUUACCUGCCAUCUCCUGACAAGACAAGAUCAACCGAUACCCCCACUAAUGUCAAAGAUCGUACCAUACCUCUAGUAAACAUUCCCUCAGCGCCAAACUCGCAGCAUGUGUCAGUUCUGGAGCCAAGCGGUCGUCAGUCGAUUGAACGGGAUAUAACGGAAGUUGAUCGACUAGAAACUAUCUGGAAUCCAUACAAAAAUCGCUACCGUGUUCUGGCAGCGUGCAUCACUCUGCUCGGCAAUGGUAUGAACGAUGCAGCCACUGGGACCCUGAUUCAGAGUUUUGAGAGGCACUACUCUAUCAACUACGGCACAUUGUCGAUUAUUUUCCUUUGCAACGCCGCUGGGUUUCUUGCUAGUGCAUUCGUUGCCAGCACACUCACCAAAAGCCUUGGCCGAGCUAAAACACUAAUGAUUGCUGAGACUCUGCUAGUCGUCGGAUAUAUCAUCGUUGUUGUUACUCCUCCUUUUGCUGCCGUGUGUGUCGCAUUCUUUAUUCUAGGUGCUGGAAUGUCACUCAUUCUUGCCAUAGGACAAGUAUACUGCGCGAAUUUAGCUAACAACACGGUCAUAACGGGCCUCUAUCAAGGGGCAUACGGAAUAGGAGGGAUUAUAGCCCCGUUAAUCGCUACUUCUAUUGUGUCUCGUGGCUACUUGUGGUCGCGCUUUUAUCUUAUUCUACUGGGUCUUGCUGUCUUCAACUUUUUCUUCGCUUCUUGGGCUUUUUGGAAAUACGAAACGAAAUCAGACCCUAUUUUACCCCGACAAGUGAACGAGCCUCGAGCUACAAUGUCCCAACGAACGAAUUGGGGUUCUAUAAAGGCUCUGUUGACUCAUAGGACCACAAUCCUAGGUGCUUUGUUUAUAUUUGCUUACCAGGGCGCUGAAGUUGCUAUUUCCGGUUGGGUGAUUUCAUUUCUCAUCCAAUUCCGCAACGGAGACCCAGCGAAAGUUGGGUAUGUUACUUCCGGUUUCUGGGCUGGUAUAGCGUUAAGUCGGUUCACACUUUCGUUUCUAGCUCACCGAAUUGGUGAGCGUCGAAGCGUGUACGCUGCCAUGGCUGCUGCGGCAGCGUUCGAAUUCAUCAUCUGGUUUGUCUAUUCAAUCCCAGGUGACUCGGUUGCUGUAGCAUUUUCAGGUCUAGUUCUCGGGGUGGUGUCUCCAGCCGCGAUUCAUAUCUUCCAACGUCUAAUACCUAAUGAGAUGCACAUUGCGUCUUUGUCGUUGAUUGGAUCUAUUGGGACAUCUGGUGGCGCUAUUGCCCCUUUCAUGGUGGGAAUAAUUGCCCAGAAGGUUGAGACUUACGUAUUACAUCCAAUUUGUAUUGGGUUGUUUGUUUUCAUGGCGUUAUCGUGGUGGGCUUUACCGGAAACUGAAUCAAAGAGUGAGUAG